AUGGGGCAAACGCUGGCUGUUGUGAAUUAUCUUCCGACUGUGCAAGGGACUUUUAUUUUCCUUGUAGCCGCUUCACUCAUUUCCACAUUUGUUGCUCUAGCUUUUCUGUUGUCAUCAACUAAAGAGAGGAAAUGGCCUCCAUCUCCACCAAGGCUGCCAUUAUUGGGCAACUUUCAUCAACUGAACAAGAGUGAAAAUAUUCUUUCCAGCAUGACAGACAUGGCCAAAACAUAUGGUCCUGUCAUGACAGUUUGGAUGGGACCAUCGCCACUUAUAGUACUCACCGGCCAAGCUUCAAUCUGGGAGGCCUUGGUUAAGGAGAUGAGACAGAAGAAAGGUGUGGUGAGGCCAUUCGAUGCCUUGAAAAUCAUGGCAAUGAAUUUUAUUGCCCACUUAUGCUUUGGCUUGGACUUUCAAGACGAGAAUUUCUUGUCCAAGCUGGAAGAAUUCAUAGCUGAAGAUAUUAGUCUGAGUAAAAGAGGAGAUAUGUUUCUGGAAUCAUUUUCUCUUGCUCGUUUCUUUGUUCCUUCAUCAAUCAGAACAGAAAGGAAAUGGAAUUAUAGAGAAUACUUUAAGCGAAGUGCUCCCAGCAGUUUCUUGAACUGUUUAGUGUCCAUUGACGAAGGGGAGGAAGGUGAAGACAAGUCCAAGUUAUCCGAUGAAGAAAUAGCUUUCAACUUGCACGAGCUCUUCCUUCCUGCAGUAGACAGCACAUCAACGGCCAUAGAAUGGGCUCUUGCUUACCUGAUAACCAAUCCUCACGUCCAAGAGAAGGCACAUCAAGAAAUAAGCCAAGCGGCGGGGAACGGAAAUGAUGGGUAUUAUAGUUUAGAGGAUCUGAGGAAGCUGCCAUACGUGCAAAGUGUGGUGAAGGAAACGCUGAGAAAAGAAUCAAUUGCACCACUCGGGAUGAUUCACCAGACGGAAAACGAGUGUAAGGUGAUGGACAUCACCAUACCCGCAAAGUCACGAGUCCAUUUUAAUCUACAUAGUGUGAACAACGAUCCUGAGGUGUGGAAAGAACCGGAGAAGUUGAGGCCUGAGAGAUUUUUGGGGAAUAAUGAGGUGAGAAUGACAUAUCUUCCGUUUGGAACAGGAAGGCGGGUGUGCGCAGGAAUGGACGUGGCCAGUGUGUAUGUUCCCAUCACUCUAGCCAGUUUGCUUAAAUCAUUCGAGUGGGGAUGUGCUAAGGAAGGUAGUCUACCCGAUCUUGCUCGGGAUAUUCAAAAUGUGCUCAUGUCCAUGAAGUAUCCAUUGGAAGCUCGAAUCACACCUCGUCCAUCAUAA